AAAUAAAUAAAUAGUUGUGGUUAUAUAGGAUUUAAUAAUUUUCACCGCAAAGCAAAUAUCUUAACAUUAUAGUCUUCUUAAUUUAUCAUCACACUAAGAGCAUAAGACACUUGAAUAUAAGAAUAUUAGGAAAUAAUACAAGAAGUAGUGUACUAUAGAACUUUGAAUCGAAGCCUGCACUUAACUUUUAAAAUUUAACUAAAAAGAUUUUCAUCAACUACUUAAUACAGAGUUUACAGCGUUGCUAAAAUGGUUGUUAUAGCGGUAGACAAUAUACCACUUAAAAUGAACUUGAAGGAAAUGGUCAGAUCGCUAGCAUCAACAGUUAAAUGCCAUUUUGAUGCGUUGAAUUUUACCCAGGGUAAAAAUUUCAAGACUGCAUUCUUGCGCCUACCUGAGAAACAAAAUCCCAAUGAAGUGAUUAAACGAUUGAACAAUAAGAUUCUAAAGAAAAUACAAUUACGAGCGUACAUACCCAGUAUCAUACCAAACUUGCCUCUCUCACACAAGACGCGAACUAUUCCGACAAAGAUGCGUCGUGCACUUAAAAUAGCGGCUAAUCUAUCGGACGAUCAGCUGGUCCGUGUUUCUAUGGAGAAUAUAGUGCGAGAGAUGCAGACGAAGUUUACGGGACUCUACGACCUCAGUUUGACUACCGGCCAUACCCUUCUGGAUAAUAUUGGAAAGAUUGUACACGACCGGCUCACCAACAUUGUACUGGCCAACAAACUAGAGGAUAACUGCUUCAAGGUCACCAGCGCUUAUCGCAAGCGGCAUCCGCACUUCGGAGACUUCCAGUUCAUCAUGGCGACCCUUCAUGCCAUCCAGGACAAGGAGGGAAAACCCCGGGCUAUGAUACAGGAGAAGGAUCUUACGACGGUGGCAUUGAAAGAGCUGAGUGACGUACCGUUCGAGUUAUUGAAAUCUGUAUGCAACAACCACAUCAAUAGAAUAUCCCAAAAGUUAUUAGUACACGUAAACAAUCUGGAGAUGAAUGAUGAAACUGAGUCUCCCGAAGUGGCUGCCCAGAUGAAAGUACGAUCACACCUGAAGAGAAUGGCGCCAUAUCUACAGUCCUUUGUGAGACAAGUCAUCACCAAUCACUUCAUGCCUGCACAGGAAAGAUUUUAUAUUGUUAAAGUGUACGGCGUGCCGUAUUUGCCCAACAAGGAGACGAUGAUGCCGUUCAGCAAGAAGUACCGCGCCGUGUCCACCAUCCGCUCCGAGAACAUGUACAACCUGAUCUCGCUGAAGGUGCCGGCGGAGACACAUGUGCAACUGCUCAACGCGGACGGCACUUGCAUCAGCGGCGCCACUCUAGUGAUCCGACCAUCGCACCUGCCUAUCUACAAGAUAACGCGUGUUCUUAGAUCAGGUGUCGCUAUAGAAGAUCCCCAGUCGAAGCCCGGACAAUCCUUAAAGUCAACCGGUAAUCAAGAUCUCGCAGAGAUGCAGUGGUCAGAGUCGUGGUAGAGACAGCUUAAAAUGUUAAAGUGGUGAAAUUAAAGAU